AUGCAAGUUAGAAUCUUUACUUUCACUAAUGAACUAACUAAGUCUUUGGAGUUAUUAACUCUUGUGGGUAAUAAUAGUUUACUUCGACGUGAAUUACUAGCUAACGUAUCUUUACAUCGUAUACAUACUAGUAAGUGCUUGCUUAUUCUUAGAGGCGGCAUGAAAAAACCGUCUUCCGCUAAUUGGCCUGUUUGUGUUACAAUGAUUUUGGGAGUUUAUGCGGCCUUUACCGAUUUAAUUGAUCCUAAUGUCAUAAGAGGUCUACUGAGGCCUUUUCCAUUAGCACGUGGCACUAGAAUUCUUGUGCUUUUGGUGGCUUUGAAUGUGGCUAAAACACACUCACAGGUGGUGAAUUGUGUUGAUAUUAUUGAAGAGUUCAUGCCUACUCUAUUUAAAGGCGAUCAAGAGAUAGACUAUCUUGUUUUAAAUAUUAUGGGUAAUUUAGCUAAACGUGAUGGCCUCUCAUCUCUUUAUAUUGAUUUACUACAACAAUCUUUACCACCAUCUCCUUCUUUAGUUUUGGUUCCUAAACUGGUUCUUUUAGCUGCUUAUACUUCUUUGUCCUACCAAGUACCUCUUGAAGCAAUAACUAGUACGCCUAUUACUCUACGUCUUCGUAUUCUGGAUGCAAUAGCUAUAGCCGGUGUUCAUUGUACCACUGAGCGUCUACUAGAAAUAGUCCCUCUUAACAACCAAGAGUUUGCUACUAUUUUCAAGCAGUACCUCAUUCGCGAAGAAUUCUCAGCACCAGAACCACCCCAAAACCUACCUUUAGUCAAACUCUACCAUGAAGAACCUCCCCUCCAAAGAAUCACCCAAAUCUUAUCUCAAAACCUUCCACCCGCCGAAACUGUUGCCAUCAUCCACAAGCUCAUCUUCCAGCACUAA